AUGGUGAUGCUCCUUAGGAACUUCGUGACUCCAUCUGAAAACCUCCAGGGUGACCCUGUAUUCACGUUAGAGGAGCGCCGGCAGAUAGCUGAGCGGAAUGGUUUGGACCAAUGCCUCGAGGUGAAGUACGCUGAUACUCCCUUAGAAUGUGCCAACAAUAACAACAGUUCGACUCUGGCACCCACAGCAGCGGCUGCGGUAGCUACUAGAUUCCCUGGUCUGGGCAUGGGACCCGGUGGACCUGCUCGGGGUGGACCCCAGAUGGGAGGUGGUACAGCUACCAGUGCUCAUUAUAGUAUGGCUAAGUGGAAGUUAGGCAUGGAGGUUAUGGGG